CUGCGGCUCGCUCCCUAAGGCUUCAGUUCACUUCAGGAUGAGUCGGCCAUGUGGCACCCUGAGCCGGGAUUAACAAGCAGAGAGCAGUUUGUCCUAGCAGCCGCUCGCCGAAGCCUGCCCUGCAAAACACCAGCAACACUCAUAUCCUCUCCAGGAGUCUGAAAUGCUCAUGGAAGUAGGCUACAGUAACGGGCUGGAUCCUGACCUUUCCCAGCAGUAUCCUCCACCCUUACUGCCAAAACCAGGAAAGGACAAUGCAAGGCUUCAGAAACUCAAAAAGAAGCGGGCCAAGAAAAAGGGCAGCCUCUCUCAAACGCCUGUCCCAUUUCGCUCCUGUUUGUCUCCUGUCAACGAAGCAAGCACAGACCUCGAGCACAGUGAUCAAUCCAGCCCACCAAAGACACCCGAUUCAGCCUACGUUGCAGACUCUUCAGUAUCCAGUCUCCCGUUUGGCUCCCUCUAUGAUCACUCUACAUCUGCAUUCCCUCAUCCGCAGAGAAGUCCCUACAACAAAACCGGCAGCUUCCCCACCCAGUCCUACAUAGCUCAGACCACGACUUCUGAAGAGCAGGUGGCUCCUCUGUACGAGUGCUCUUCUUUUUUAUUCGAUGACAUGACUCCUUUCAUGAUGCCACCUUGCAUGGCUUCACCACCCAAAUCAUCACCUGAGCAGGUUCCAGUACAACCUCUUCCUUCUGCUUUCAAUUUAAACACGACACCAAAUUCCCAUGGGUCAGUCACAACAGUCCCUCCAGUCGUUGUAUCGCAAUCCAGCACUAAAAUAUCAACUCACAGCCUGACCCUAUCCCCAGCUGCCCUCAACGGUGGCCCAGGCCCAGCACCUUCUCAAGUUGCAGACCUACCUCCUAUUCCACUGCUGCUAUCAGUUACAAACACUCAGACACAACCUUUUAUUUCCAGCCAGAGGGAGACAAACACCAGUCCAAAGGGUAAUCUUCAGAGCCAGGCAUCGUCUUGGACUGCCAAACCUACCAGUAAUGGCAACUUUGUUACAAGUCAGAUGUCACCAGAGAUAACCGCCUCAAAGAUAUCACUUGUUGAAGCAGUGAACGAGACAAGGCCUGAUAAUGCACAAACCAGGAUUUACACAUCAAAGGCAACAUUUUAUGAAAUCUCUAAGCCUCCCUCCAUCCAGGACCUCACAGUGAUAAACCCAACCUACCAGGGAGCAUUGGUAUCUGCCGUGUACAGGGAUAAAACAAGUGUGUCAGUGGUGAAAAGUGAUCAGAAACUGUCUGUGUCCAGAUCCCAAUGUGGAAGACCUAAGACUCCCUCUUGCACACCAGCUCGUGUAUCGACACCCUUUUUCGAAAUAUCCAAACCUAACCCACUUUUAUUUGCUGCAAGUUCUGCUUUAAGCUCCCCUCAAGAUUUACAAACUACUGCAAUUCUCAACGAGGCUCCAAGACAAAAAUCAAUUGUUCAAACUAGUGGUAUAGGUAGACCUCCAGCUGCCACAGAAGACUUGAAGGUGACUGAUGUAAAUCACAUUUCAUCAAUCAAACAAACCUGCAAUAACCUGCGACCUGAGAAUUUGGCAUCAAGUAUGACUGCACCUGACUCUGUUGUGAUUAGACCAAUACCAAUACACUCAAUUCAAAAUACACAAAGGAGUACAAUCAAUAGUGACCCGCAACCUGAGAAUUUGGCAUCAAAUAUGAAAACACCUGACCGUGCUGUGAUUACACCAACACCAAUCCAACCAGUUAUCCCAAAACUACAAACAGAACACAUUUUUGAAAGUGAAGCUUCAGCCCUACCAAAGGUCCCAACAUUUUUCUCCACUGUACCAAAGACUUCAAAUCUCAACCCUUCGGCAGUAAUUUCCAUGCAAGCACCACCAACGCCCCAGUCAUCCAUUUAUCAUCCUCCUGUGGUCGAGGCUCGCAAAUCUUUAACAUCACUAUUGGAGACUCAAAUGUCAUUUGCGACCUCAAAGCCCAAAUCACGAUCAAUGUAUUAUGGGCUUACUCCAGCUGAGUAUGUUGCCUAUGGUGGGAUUAGGACUAUUGCAUCAAAUCAAAGCCCUGUACCCCCCAAGGUUCAUGAAACCUCUUCAAACAAAACACAGUCAGAUGUAGCUGUAGAUGCAUCACAUGUCUCAAAGUCUGAAGCAACAAAACAUCUCAAUGGACACCAAGAUCUUCCCUCUUCAAUGGAGGUUUCUGCUGCUCAUAUUUCACAACCUGUGUCAACUCCAAGGGAUUCUGAAGAGAUUGUCACAUGUAGCAAAGAUGUGUUUGAGGAAAGUCAGUCGGAAGCUCACAGUAUUGGAAUACAAUCAGUAAAAACUUCUAGCAUGGACACAAUAAAACCUGAGCUUCCCCUUGGCUUGGCACAGAAAACAAUGCAACAAUCCACAAGUGAUGUAUCCACAGCAAAAGCCUCGUACACUGAGGCUCCAAUACCAAUGCCUAAAGCAGGUGAGGUACACACACAAAGUGCGGCACUAUUUUCUAUAGAGGCAGCACAAAAUACGACUACAUGCCUAACUGACAGCAAUGGUCUGUCAAGCUCUUCCCCACCUUUAGUAAAAGUAGAUUCAAAUGCAGAAACACAGCACAGCACAAAAGUUAUAGGUAUCACAGAGAAAGGUGUCGAUCCUGAGAAAACACCUAAAAAAGGAAAAAACAAGUCAGAACAAAUAGAAAUAGUGCCAGUCCAGUCUGAUGCAGUCAGUCCACCAACAGCUAAUGGUUUCAUUGUCCAACCAACUGUCAGGCCUGUUAAAGACCUAGCUAACUAUAAAAACUUGGCUGUUCAAUCUCCUGCCAUAGAGUUAGAGCCUAAAUUUCCAGGGGGUCCCAUCAUAAAUGGUGCAUUCAUAUUAGGAAAACAACAAGGCACCAAACGGGUUUCAACACCACUGCCCAGUAAAGUGAUUACUGAUGCUGUUUUACAAAAACAAAGGCAAGAGGUUAAUCAGCUUAUCAAAGCGAACAGUGAGUUUAUGCUACCCAAUAAAACAAAUAUGGGUAACAUUUUUCCUUCUCUGGCUGCUUAUACAGAACAUGUUCCUAACAAAACAAACACUGAGCCCCAAUUCUCAAAUAUAUUCUCUCAAGAAUCAAUUAUUGGUACCUCAGGAUCCAUUUUGCCACAUGAGCCUGUCACAGCAUCUGUAUGUUCUGCACAUCAUAGUAUCUGCACAAUAUCUACAGCCAUCCAAGGCACAAACAUCACCCAACAGCUCAGUGCAGAAAUGUAUAAAACGAGUAAACCAGUAGAAAACAAUCUAUCUUCUAAAGUACCAAGUGUACCAAAUACACUUACGUUUAAUACAAAUUUGGCAAAACCUACCACAGAAACCAAAUUACCUGAUCUAGCUGUCAAUGCAACCCAAUCACCCAGCUAUUCAGAUAUUAAAAUUCCUUUAGCUAUGACCUCCAGCAUGCCAACAAAAGAGUCCCCAAAACCAACCAAAGCUAGUGAAAAUGUAAUGAAGACACAUCAUAGCAUAGGAUCCAGUGGUCAAGUCGUUCAAGUAGCAAGUUUCUACACAAAUUCAAGCAGCGCUACAGUAGAGACCACACAAGCAACUCAACCCAGUUUUAACAUACCUGCAAAAGACACAGUACUGUCUAACCAAGUUAAUACAGAAACAAAAAUCCCCACUUAUUAUACUGACAAAGUCAGCAACUCAAUAGUAGACACUGUAUUAAAUCCACAAUCCGCCAAUGGGAGAUUAGGUUUAUUGACUGGUAUAACACCAACAGAGCAUCCUCCGAUUAUAUCUGGUACAGCAGAAAACAUUCAAACAAAAUGUGCUUUUGAAACAAGACCAGCUUCUAAUCCCACAAAAGGAAACAUAGUAAUGAACACACCUAGCAGUGAAACCAAACUGUCCAACAAUCUGUCUGCAGGAUUGCUAACUGCAAGCAAGUCCUUGACAGAUGUGGUUUCACCUGGACAACCUGGAGGUGUAGUAGCUGUUCAACAUGGUUUUGAAACUGCUCAAUCAAACAAAUUUAAUUUGGGCAACAAUGUUCAAGGUAUUCCUGUUGCUGACACCAAGGUACCAGAAGCCAUUUUGUCUAUGAUGGCAGACCCAACAGUUAGCAUUAAACCAUCAUUUAAUACUGUGCAGGUUAAUAAAAGUACUAUGCCAUCAAGCCCUCAUGAGACCAUCAUGAGGCAUCUCCCACCAAAAAGCCCUCGGCUGAGAUCAGACAGAUCUGAGAGCCAGUCUGCAAUGCAGCCAUCCACUGAUGCAAAAACUGCUUGUACUUCUGGUGCUCAAACAAGAAUUUCCACAAACUCAAAACCACCAGUUGCCAACAUUCUUCCUGAGCCCAGAUCAUCCGCACCACAAAUUACUGAUAAAACGACUGCGAUAAAAGAGCAAUUCCCUUUCAUUCAGCCAAUUAUAGUCAAUAAAUCUUCACCGAGUCCUCCUAUGAGAACUAAAAAUUAUGUAACAUCUAAGACUGGCACAACAACUUCCUCCUCUUCUGGUUAUGCCAUGGCUAAUGUAUCUAGUACGAGUGUAGAACACCAAGCAAUUGCAAGUCAAUUCAUGUCUGGAGAUAAUGCUCAAACUGGAGUGAAACAGUUUAGGCAAUCUGUCACUGAAACAAAGACAUCUAUAGGAAUUAGUAUUAACACUGUAAAUGCUCAAACUGUCUCACACACUCAAAUAAAUAAUCACACUGCUACAAAUAUUUACCCUCUUGCUGAAGACACCAGAGACGCUAUAGCCUCACUUAGCCCUCCUAUAGUAAGAGCCUCCUCUCUACCAGAGCCAAGAGUAUGUGAUGCACCAAUUCGAACCUGUACUCCAACCUUGCCCCAGUCCUCUCAAACUCCCUUGUCUUUGAACCAUACAACAGAAACGAAACCCUCGCCAGUCAUUAUGAAAGAGCAGAUGAAACCUCCCAUUGUUCCUAUUCGAAAUAAAACUCCUACUAGCACAAUUCAAUCCUCUGUUAAGACAAUCAAAGAGAAUAUCUCAAAACCAGAAAUUAAACCAGUCCCAGCUAAGGACACUCCAGUCCUGACAAACAGUUCUGAGGAAAAAUUACAUUCCCAAACUCACAAGAUAAAAACAAAUGUAGUAACAAAUUCUAGUAAGGAAGGAAUACUCUCCCCACUGAACACUGAAAGUAGCCCUCUCAUUAUUUCUCCUGAACCUGUUUUACCCAGUAAUCUUACUCUAAAAGCACAACUUCCCAUUAAGCAGUUAGACCCAAGACCUUCCUCUGUCAGUGUAGAAACAAAACCCUCAGUCGUAAAAGAUGAUUUAUCUCCUCCUGAUCCGGUCCAGAUUAGCUCACACACCAGUAAUGUUCAGCCUUCGACAGAGCUGCCACUAGAGAACAUUUCCCCUGCAAAGCCAACAACAGAUACAGUCAUGAAACCAUCCAUAGUUAAAGCCGCUGUGAUUGACUCUGCCACUCCUGCCUCUUUGCCUCAGGCUUCAGUCUCAGUCAAAGCUCCAUCCCCAAACAGAGGAACAUCACCGCCAUCUCAGCAAAAAACUGGACUCAAAGACAACAGGACCAAAGCUACAGCAGCACCGAAGGAAGCCCUGGCUGUCGAACCCUCCACGAAGUCAGCGACAUCAACUGCAUCUUCAACUGACGAGAAAGCAGCUAAAACAGAGGCACCCCCUUCAUCUGCUGAGCCCAAAGCAGCCCAGAAGCCCAAAGGCCUCAAGGGUAAGCUCAGUGGAUGGACACGGCUCAAGAAACACAUGGUUGUUGAGCCAGAGGAACCUCAGUUUCCACAGCUGGAAUCAAAAUCUCAGGUCAAUUCCAGUGGCAGCGAAACAGAUCAAGGUGGUAGUGAUAAAUUGUCAGCAGACCAAUGUGCCAGUCAGGAAGUGGCUAUGAACAAAGAAGGUCCCAAGGCACUGAAGAUGUGGGAUGCCCUCCUCUUCCAGAUGUUCUCUACCAAAGACCGAAUCAUACAACAGAUCAAUGCCAACAAGAAAGAUUCAGACGACAAAAAGGCAUCUAAAGACAAUCAAGCAGAGGUUCCUUCUUUUGUUAAUCGCUUGCCAAUUUUGUUGUACAGUCCCCGUUUUGAUGCCAGGAAGCUUAAAGAGGCAGCAGAGAAGCCACUCUCGAAAAUUGCAGCCGUAUUCGAAAGGGGACUGAUAAAACGCAAAUGUCAGAAGGAGGAACAAAAGGACUUCAACACGAAAGCCAGAGGAUUUGGUUCAACAAAAAAUACAGAUAUGUGAUUCGGACUGAUGCAAAAGUAUGUUUGAGUUUGAUAAGUAACGUGUGCUGUUUCUCUGGGGUGCAGUGAGGAGGUAAAUUAUUUUUGAGGUAUCAUUGAUCAACUACCUGAGUCAUUAUUGGAAUUAAAACCAUGCCAAAAAUUUUAAGUUUAGAAAGCAAAAAAUAGAAAAAGAAGAAACUUCAAACUUUUGUCAUUUGAUGGUGUAGUGUUGAAUGCAUGUACUGUAGAUACUUUGAUAGAUAAAAGAUUGUUUCACUUGUCAUGCUCUAUUUUUUUCUAUUUUUUUAAUUAAAGGCUUUUAGUGUACACCGCUGUUAGGCAGUUUUUAAUCUCUGUGAUAAAUAGGGCUUUUACAUUCCUGGAAUAACAGGGCAGAUGGAUUUUGAAAGAAGGAAAACAUAGUGAGUUACUGAAGGGUAAAAGGUCCAGUCGGAACGGAUCUAGGUUUCUGCAAGUCAGUUAUGGAUGGAAAUGAAGAGGCAGAUGUCCGAGGGCAGGAAAUUACAACCACACAGACACAAUGUGAACAAAAAAUGGGGCUGAACAAUGUGAACAAAAAAUAUCCUAAGACUUAACUUCUGAUGCCAAUAAAUGAUUGUUUAGUAUCUGCUUAGGCUUAGAGGUAAUGUCUCGUGGUUUCUAGUGAUUCUUGGGAUGGCAACGUUGGGUCAGUUGGUCCACUGCUGUUGUUACAUUUUGUACAAACAUUCAUAGUCCCCAGAGGAUGAAACUUGCUGACUUUGGUGAUCCCUUGACUUUUCAUCUAGCGCCAUGAACAGGUCAAGGUUUCAGUUUGUGUUUGGUGCUAUCAAACGUUAGUAUGCUAACACAGGAGACUACAAUGGUGAACGUGGUCAACUUUAAACCUCAGACUGUAUUCUCAAAGUGAGGGAAAAUUGACAUUAUAACCGCUUUUUGCUGUGAUAUGAGAUCGUAAUAUCUUGCAUUGCUCAGCCCCAACACAUCAUAUUUAAAUCGCCAAAUCGCCGGUGUUUACUGUUCGCAAACUGUUCACUUUUCAUCUAACAUCAUCAGUGAUAUAAUUAAAAAUAUUUCCAGGUAGGAUGGUGGGUAAUAAUUUUCUGCCUUGUGGUGGAUCGUCCAGGACUGAUGUCUGAUUUGAGAUUGUAACUAGGACGUAGUAGAAGUGAGUGCCAUUAAGUGAUCAUGAUGACGAGGAUGAUGAGGCCUGCUGUAGUAAGACAGACUAAAGGUAGCUUGAUAGCUGGGGAAAGAGGACAGAUAGAUGAGCGUGACGUUUCACAGCUUUGGAGGAUUCUGCUGCUGCCGUAGCAGAUGUUAGCAUGUUGUUGUUUUUUCCCUAUAUUGGAUUAUUUGCUUUUCUCCAUCAUGAUGUGGAUUUUAUUUGAAGUAAGGAGGGCUUUUCCCGUGUAAGCUAACCACAGUCCCAUUUAGGAAACUGGUGCUUGAACUAUAACAUGUUUUUGUUUACUGUGUGAUUCUCAAUAAUGCAUAAAGUUGGAUGUGAAACUUG